AUGCUGCGCCUCCGCCCCCUCCAGCGCGCCGUCCUGCGCGGCGCGCGCGCGCUCUCCACGACCACGUCCACGUCCACGCGCGGCUUCCGCAAGAUCCUCGUGGCCAACCGCGGCGAGAUCGCGCUGCGCGUGCUGCGCUCGGCGCAGAAGCUCAACAUCGAGACGGUGGCCGUCUACAGCGACGCGGACGCCGACUCGCAGCACGUCAAGCUGGCCACGGAGGCCUACCGGCUGGGCCCGGCGCCCGCCGCCGAGAGCUACCUCAACUACGCCAAGAUCCUCGAGAUCUGCCGCCUCUCCGGGGCCGAGGCCGUGCACCCGGGCUACGGCUUCCUGUCGGAGAACGCGGCGUUCGCGCGCGCGUGCCAGGAGGCGGGCGUCGAGUUCAUCGGCCCACCGGUCAGCGCCAUCGAGGACAUGGGCUCCAAGAGCGCGUCCAAGGACAUCAUGAUCAAGGCGGGCGUGCCCGUGACGCCCGGCUACCACGGAGAGGACCAGAGCUUCGAGACGCUGCAGAGCGAGGCCAGGAAGAUCGGCUACCCGGUGCUCAUCAAGGCCGUGCUGGGCGGUGGAGGCAAGGGCAUGAGGAUCGUGGAUGAAGACAAGGACUUCCAGGACGCCCUGGACGCCUGCGUGAGGGAGGGCCAGGCGUCCUUCGGAGACGGACGCGUGCUGAUCGAGAAGUACCUGAGGAAGCCCAGGCACGUAGAGCUCCAGAUCUUCGGAGACAAGCACGGAAACGUCAUCCACCUCUUCGAGCGCGACUGCAGUGUGCAGCGACGACACCAGAAAGUGCUAGAGGAGGCCCCGGCUCCUAAUAUGUCGGAGGCCUUGCGCAAGAAGAUGGGAGACGCAGCAGUCGCAGCCGCCAAGGCCGUGGGCUAUGUUGGCGCGGGAACGGUCGAGUUCCUGCUGGACGAGGACGAGUCCUUCUACUUCAUGGAGAUGAACACGCGACUGCAAGUUGAACACCCCGUCACCGAGAUGAUCACCAAGCAGGAUCUGGUUGAGCUGCAGCUGAAGGUUGCUGCGGGUCAGAAGCUGCCGAUCCGCCAGGAAGACCUGAAGAUCCACGGCCACGCCGUCGAGGCACGUAUCUACGCCGAAAACCCCUACAAUGAUUUCCUCCCCGGGAGCGGAACGUUGCAGCACAUUCGUUUGCCUAAUACAUCGAAGGACGUCCGCGUGGACACCGGAAUUAUCCAAGGAGACGAAGUGUCCAUUUUCUACGAUCCCAUGAUCGCAAAGCUGAUUGUGCACGGCGACAACCGUCAGGCUGCGCUGGACACGAUGGUCAAGGCGCUCCACGAGUACCAGAUUGUGGGUCUGCCCACAAAUAUCGAGUUCGUUGCUCGUACGGCCGACCACGCUGCGUUCCGGAAGGGCGGCGUCGACACAAGUUUCCUUAACAAGUACGGUGACGAUGUGCUGGGAUCUCUGGGAGCGUAUCCGUCCUACACCAAGGCUCUUGGUGCUGUGAGCUUGCUUCUUCUCGAGCAGCUUAAGCGUCGCCCAACUGGGAACUCCAGUACCGAGCUGCACUCGCCUUGGUCGGACGAUUCUCUAGCACACUUCCGAUCGCUGGAAACGCUCGAGCGAAAGCUUCAGCUAAGUCACGACGACGAUGAAGCGCCCGUGACUGUCAAGUGCUUGUCCAAGAACACGUACCAAAACGGAGACUUCAAAUUCCGAGUGGACAACCGCACGUUCAACGGUACGGCGGUGAUCCACAACCAAGAUCUCCACCUCUUCUGCGACGACAACAGCGAGCGCUACGAGUACAAGUUCCACGUCCCGCUGCCGUCGUUUGAACCCGCAGAGGGCAGUGCAGGCUCAGCUGCGCACAGCAAGAUUGUGGCGCCGAUGCCCGGCAAGAUCAUCAAGGUGCUGGUGAAGAACGGCGACACGAUCACGGCCGACCAGCCGCUGCUGAUCAUGGAGGCCAUGAAGAUGGAGCACAUGAUCCGCGCGCCCAAAGAUGGCAAGGUACAGGAGCUCUUCUGCGAGAAGGACGAUUUUGUGACGGACGGCAACGUGCUCGUCGAGCUGGAAUAA